AUGAAUGCCGCGAUCUCUUCGUCCCAGAGGAUAGGCUUCUAUGCGCCUUCUAUGACUCCGAAGAUGGGACCACUGUCGGCCAAUCCGUCUAGCUUUCGUGCCGCCUCGAUAUCACGACAUGUGCCAACAACUUACGAAAUGGGGCCCACCGAUUGUCCAUAUCCCUACGGCCGCCACCCGUUCAGCAUUGAUCAUGCAAUCAAUUACGAGGACGAGCCCUCUGAUGCAUACAGUAUUCCCCAGACUUCGGGGUACUUGAUCCCCAACACGCCCCCAACCGUUCUGGCAGACUACUGCGAAGCCCCAUGGAACCCCAAGACGUGGAGCUCCGGCGGUGCCAGCACCCACCGGGUCCCGAAUCAUCAUAUCCUGUUCUCAGCUCCAACUUCCGAAGGCUGCGUGCACCCGCCGGCUUACCCAUACCUGAUUCCGACACUGGCAACUUCACCGUCGACUGACCCAUCAUCAGUGGCGCCCCCAAUGGCACCCCUAUCACCAGAAGGGCAGGUAGCCGACCGAAUUCUUCCCAACCCUGCCGGUCGUUAUCACAUUGGCUUUCCGAGUCUACCGACCUCGUCGGAAGCCGUUUCGGGCGUACAUCUUCCUCCAGACUACAGGGGAUCCAACCCCUGGAGCAGCUACAGAGGCGUUACUGCAACACCCGACAGUGCCACUCGGGUCCCCGGACUGCCGAGCUCGAACGGAGGCUCCAUGGGAACCAGUUCCAUGACGAAGCCAUUCCCUCCGAGCACACACGAGCCGGUAUUAGGUUUCUUGCCAAUGACUACGGUAGGGACGCCGUCAUCAUUGCUAUCAUCCAGCGGGACAUUUACCACUGCAGCCCUGGAUCCCUCUGAGUCGGGAGAUGAAAUCCGCAGCAACGACGGCCGACUCACGAGGGCCCUUUCUCGCGAGAAUAGCCGCCUGCUGUCUAUGGAGGGCGGCUCCGAUACCUACCGGUAUAUCACCAGCGAUAAGACGAGCAAGAAAUGCUCCGAGGCGGGCGGUUCCGGACGGCCUGGGACCUUGGUCAAUGGACUCCCCUACACGCGGCCCAAGCCAUCGGACUGUGAAGUUUCAUUGCCGUACGGUGCCCUCUGCACGGGUACAUCCACCGAGGUGCACCGUCCGCCAGUCCCCGCUCUGAGUAACCCGGGGGGAUUCUGAUGCAUGAAUGCAGAUUCGUUGGGGACAUAUUGCGCCUGACGGUAUCCCAUGGCUGGCGUCUACAGCCCCAAGUACCAGCGGUAAUGGCUCUGUGCUCACACACCAGGGAACAAAAAUCAGAUAAUUCCCUCAUUUGAUGUUCCCUACGAGCUCUUUUCCUCUUUCUCUCCCUGUUGCUACUUUAGAUUAUCUUUGUUUCAGUGUUCUUGAUCCCCUCUCCUUGGUUCCACCCACCCUUUUCCUUGUCUGUUCUGGAGGCCUGGAAAUGAUUUCAAAUAUCCCCUUGACUGUACUACUUCCUUGGAACAUCCACACAUUCCUGCUUACUGUUUGCCAUUCUAAGAACCAGAGAAUAAUGUUACACUAAUACUGGGGCUGGGUUCGCAGGAGUGUUGUCGCAUUAGGGUCGGCAAUCUCUUUCAUUAUUCAUUAUUCAUUAUUUCCUUUUCAUUUCAUUUUUCGCCCACCGCGAGAUAAACACCGGUACAAACAGGACCGGGCCGCAGUUCUCAGGGGCGUUUUCAGCUCGUGUUGGUUGGUUUGGUUGGCUGAUCUUUUUUCUUUCUUUGUUUCCUGGCGGUUAUCCUGUAUGGAUCUGUGUCUUUUUUCCUCUGUUGUCUUGUCUUAUCUGCCCUGCUUUUCUGAUCCAUUAUUGCUUGACUCGUUGAUACCACCGCCUAAUUGGGAUCGGCGCAUAGUGUGGCUCUUGUCUAACUAACAUUUCUGGUUUUUUUUGUUUGUUUGAAUUUUCAUCGAUUUGUAAUGUGUUUAACCUAA